UUGUUGAGUAACGUUUUUACUCCAAUCACAGAGCGGUACAUCCACUAUAUCGACUGCGUCGCUCAGGCUUUUUGCGGUCACUUUAACGCAGGCGCCUCCCACACGGUGCUCAUGAUCAUGGCCUUCGACCGCUACGUGGCCAUCUGCAGCCCUCUGCGAUACGCCGCCAUCAUGACCAGCAGGACGGUGGUGAAGCUGUCGGCGUGGACGGUGGCGUUGUUGAUGGUGGGGAUCCUCUUGGGGCUCAGCAUCCGCCUGUCCCGCUGAAGGCAGACUGUACUCAACCCGUUCUGUGACAACGCUUCCUUGUUCAAGCUCUCCUGUGAGAGCGUCCUCGCCAACAACAUCUACGGCCUCGGCUACACGGUGGUGCUGCUGGGCUCCUCCCUCGGCAGCGUGAUGCUCACCUACCUGAAGAUUGCCGUCGUGUGUUUGAGCAGCAGGAACAAGUCUCUGAACGGCAAAGGGCUGCAGACCUGCGCCACACACCUGGCCGUGAUGAUAACUUGGUUUUUGACCAUUGCCAUCUUGGUUUUUGAC